AUGAAGGAGGACAACAGAAGAUACCUGGAGGAAACCUACCCUGAAGAAAGAGAUAAAGAUGUGAGUGAGGACAAAAAAUAUGAGCUUCACAAUAAGAAUAAUUUCCAAAGUGCACCAUUCUAUGGGACAGAAUGUGCUCUGAGGCCCUCUGUGCCUGUGCUGAGGAAUUCCACACCGUCAGCAGGAAGUGUGUGCAACUUUUCCAGGGUCUCCACCCCAGCUGUGAGUUCUGCAUGGCUCCUGCCAUCAGACCCCAGCACUUGUUGCCAGCAGCUCAUGGACAGUGACUCCCUUUACCAAAGAGCAGGCACGACCAUGCUGACUACACUGACUGACCAGAGCCAGAUCUCUACCUCGGCACUCUCCUAUCCAGAUGCUCUCCCGUGGGAUCUCACAGGAAGCACUGACAGGAGGGAAGCUGCAUUCCGGGACUUCACUGUAACUAUUAUUGACCAGAAUACCACACUCUCUUCCCUAUCUAUGACAGCCCAGUGUGAUAACAUUUUAGAUCCCAAUGCCUUAGUCCCUUUCUACCCAACAUUGUCUGCCAGCCUUAUCCAGGGCACACCACCACAGGUUUCAAAUCAAGGAGACAGCCUGGCACCUUCCUACCAGGAGGGCAACCAGGUAUAUUACUAUGACCACAACAGCUUGGGCCCUGUGAUGGCUGGAGAACUCCUGCAGUGCCUGCAGGCCUAUGGCUCUGUGUCCUACCCUGGGAGCCAGGCCUCUACCCUGCAACCAGAGAUGGUGAUGGUGCUAAAGGAGAUUCAGCCAACGAAUGUCCAAACAUCUUUCUCCACCUCUGCCAUCUACUAUCCCAGGUCUGCUGAAACCAUGACAGACACAAGUCUUCAAGUGGUGGACAUGCAGACGUCCCUGGGAUUGAUACCUUCAGGCCAGACACUCUGUCUGCUGCAGAGUUCAGACCUCUGUAAUGCCUGCACCCAGGAUGCACAGAUAAAAACACCACCUGUGGAUGGGGACAGAUCUUUGACUGCCCCCAUCCACAGUCCUUCUGAAUUCCUGGCCUUGCCUCCAGCUCCAGCCCUGGAACAAACAGAGAAUAACAACUUGGAUGAGAUGACAGCCAAUCUAUCAACAUCUCUGGAUUCCUAUGAGGGCACAACAGAAAACCAAGACUCAUCACUCUUCCCUUUAGUACACCCCAACGUACAGCAGGCCCUGCAUUACACUGAUGCUGAGAGAAUAUGGCAGAAACCAGCUUCUGACAAUGCCACUUUGGGAAGUAGCAGCCUGGAUCAGAAAGAGUUAGGGAGUAUGCAGAGUGUGAUGGGGUCUGGCAUUGACUUUGCAGACAUGACUACAAUGGUGGCAGAUAUUCACCUUCCCCAAGUCUUCAACUCCCUCUCUGAUGUAGAUCAAUUCCAGGAUACCACAGCAACCCAAUCCAAAGAUGUCAGGAGUGAUCAGACCCAGGAAAGCCCAAGUAUCAUCAGUGUACCCUCUGACCAAGUGAGAAAGGGCAACCAGAAUGCCUCUGAGCUGCUUGAUGGAGCUCCUCAGGUGAAAAAUCAGUGCCAGGAUGUGGUGGAGGGAGAAGGAGCUGAGGGUAGUGCUAGGGCCAGUGAAGGGGCUAUUGACAACAUGGCCAAGCACUUGGAUGGCACAGCUCAGAAAUCUGCACACAGCAGGCCCAGGAUAUCUAGGGCACAGGGCCAAGACAAGAACAAGAGAACCAGAGAAAACAAAACCAAGAAAAAGGGGGAGCUGAAGCCAUCUUGUCCCAGAGUCAAGGCAGAAGAGAAGCCUACCAUCCCAAAGACCAAGAGGACAAGGAAUCCACCUGAGCUCAGCCAGGACAGUUUUAAAAAGCCUCGCACUCACCUUGGCAUGCACAUGCUGGAAUCUGUGCAGGUCUUUCACCCACUGGGAAAGAAGAGUGAGAAGAAAAUGGGCAUCUCCUCCUCCCGGGCUCUGCUAAAUUUAAGCAGCAACAAAGAUCCCAGGACAGGCCCAGCUACCACAUCACUGCUGGAUGUGUCAUGUGAUGGCCGAGGGCCUGCCAAAACCCCAGGCAAUGCUCAGAGACCAGAGAGCAGUGCUCAGAAGGAGUGUCCAACUCUGUCCCAGUAUGAGCUGCCCCCACCUGGGAAGGUCAAGUUAGUACCUCUGCCUUUCCCAGCCCUGGACAAGCCUCAAGCCAGACCUCUUUCCAGAAAGCUGCUUUCCCUGGCUUCACGAAAGCCCACUGCAGCUUAUGCUGUAAGGCCACAUUCCCACUCGGCUCAGUCUACCACACUCAAGCCAUCCCAACCAGCUCCUGCCAGCAUAUCUGUGACAGCCUCUGACAAGACUGCUGUGCCGACUACCACCUAUGCUACACGACCUAACACAACCAAUCCCAUCCAGUCUUGCACUCGGGCUCAGUCAUUUGUCUCUAGGCCUGCCCCCUACAGAGCAUCAUCUCAUACUUCACUCCAGAGGGAGCUUGUUUCUGCUGCCAGGAACAAGGUCCCAUCACCUCCCAAACCCCAAACCCAGUAUCUGCUGCAAGACUUCAGCCGCCAACCAAUUCCAUGGAGGAAAGUCGACAUUCCAGGGCCAACCAUCUCACAGCCCAUCACAGCAGAGCAGAGGCCAGAGAGGGAGGCCAUGAAGAGGAGAGCUCAACAGGAUCGAGAGAAUGCUGCCAAGUACACCUCUCUGGGGAAACUGCAGCUUUUCCUUCAGAGGGAGAAGGAUAUGGAAAUUUCUCGAUAUUAUGGCUAUGCAAUGUAA